UAUAAAGGCAUUACAAUAAUAAAUAAUUGAGGAAAUGGUGCAUUUCAAAGAUUUUGCCAUUUGAGGAGAAAAAUAUUUUUAGUCUCGGAUUGAUGCUUCCUUUGUAAAGGGGAGGAGAUCUAUGUGGCUGAGAAGGAGGAGGAUCCUCAGGACUCUCUAAUUUGCUAAAUGCUCACAGACAAAAGCACUUUAGAAACUCAUCUGGGAAGCUGAUAAUUUCAGUCCACUGGAUAUUUGGAGGAUGUACAGCAACAGCAUGUUCCCUCUAGCAUUCGGCUUGCUGGUUUUGUCUUUAAGUCGAAGCUCGGCACACUCCUCAGAAAAUGGCUCCAUGUUGCUACCUCGGACUUUCUCAGGGCGCUUUGUCCUGGUGACUGAAGAACCCAUGGAAUACAUUGACCUGUCUGCGUUGGACAGUUUGAGCGACGAUGACGGCUCAGGUUCUGAGACGGAGCAGAAGCCGUUCAAGAAACACGACCAGCACCAUCGCUUGCAAAAGCACCUUGUCAUCUCUGAGGAGGCCAAAGAGUUUCUCCAGGGUCACCUCGCGACAGCAUUUGUCCCCACUGUUUACAUCCUGGUCUUCAUCACUAGCGUGCCUCUCAACCUUCUGGCCGUGGUGAUGUUUGUCCACCGAAUCCGUCCCAGAAAGCCUGCAGUGAUCUACAUGCUGAACCUGGCUUGUGCUGACCUUCUGUUUGGCCUGCUCCUCCCCUUUAAAAUCGCUUACCAUUAUAAUGGCAACAACUGGAUCUACGGGUCCUUCAUGUGCAGGGUGGUGACAGCAGCUUUCCACUGCAACAUGUACUGCUCCGUGCUGCUCGUCUUGUGCAUCAGUGUGGACCGGUUCCUGGCCGUGGUUUACCCCAUGAACUCCCUGAUGUGGCGGAGCCCUCAGACGGCUGCAGCUGUCUGUGCAGCCAUGUGGCUCCUCUCCCUGGGAGGAGUGUCCCCCCUACUGAUCUCAGAGCAGACACUAUAUUUACCAGACCUUGGGAUUACCACCUGUCAUGAUGUGCAGGAUGUGGAAACCCUGCAAUCCUACUAUGUCUACUUCUUCCCUGUAUACUCCUCCAUCUUCUUCUUCAUACCUCUCGCCUUCACUACUGUCUGCUAUGUUCGGAUCGUUCAGGCUCUGGCGGCAGCCAACUUGGAGAACCGCUCCAAGAAGACGCGGGCGAUCGUGAUGACUGUGGUGGUGCUGCUUGUGUUCGUGGUCUGCUUCGCUCCCACAAACAUCAUCCUGAUGAUUCACUAUGUUCAGAUCAGCCACACAUCCAGUGACGGUUCUUAUCAGGCGUACCUGCUCUCUGUGUGCAUAGGCAGCCUCAGCUGCUGCCUGGAUCCUCUCCUCUACUACUACGGCUCCUCUCAGUGCCAGAAGCAGGUGGCUGCAGUGCUUAGGUGCUCACCACUGGCACCAGCAGGGAGCAGCAUGGACGCACGCAGCACUCAAUCGAGUGGAUCAAGCGGCAGACCCUGCAAGAUGGAAGGCAUGUAUAGUGGUCAUUAUAACAAGCUGGUGGCUUAAGGAGCCUGUUUCUGAGAAAUAAUACAAACGUUCACAAAAGUUGUCAAAGCUUUUUAACUUUUGAAUCAUUCUGGGAGUUUCAUGCAACACAAAGUGGUGCAUAACUUGGAACUGGAAGGACAAGGACAUGUGGUUUCCUGUAAAAUAGAUGAAGUUGUAAAGUGAAACACGCAUUUCUUUCCAGCUUCUCAGUCAAAAGUCUGAAAACAUCAAGUCUUUGAUUCAUCAAGAGGCUGAAACUUUUGCCCAUUCUUCUUUGCAAAACAGCUGAAUCUCAAAAAACAACACAAAAAAAAAAGACUUUGGAUGGAGAAUAUCUGUGCAGAGCACUUAUUGCCAAUCCUCAGGUCCAGACUUUGACUGGACCGUUUAGUCUUAUCUACCUGCAUUGAUACAAACCCGUCUAUUCUAUCUCUGGCUGGAUUUCAGGGUUAACCUGUAUUUGACUCCAUCCAUCUUCUUUCUCAUUAACACUGGUUAGCUUCUCUGUCCCUUAUGAUGAAAAGCCUCCCUGCUGACUGAUGCUGCCGCCACUUUGUUCCACCGGGGGGAUGAUGUUUGUACUGUACACUUUGUAAACAAAAGAAAAAGUUCCUUUUUAUGGCAGCAUGCCCAUUGUUUCCCUGCAUGUCUUGUAACAAACUUUAAGCAGGACCUUUUUUUGUCUUUUUUCAACAAGGUUUUUUCUUGAGGCAAAAGUUUCAGAGCACAUGACAAAUAAAAAGCAUUUUCUUUCCAUCUGAUCUGUGGAUCUGCAGCUCAUCCAAGGCCAACAUGUGCUUCUUGGCUGCAGCUCUCAAUAACUCCCUCUUGAAGUACCAUGUAGAGUUCGAUGGACUCCCAUAUCUGGGUAGCUGAUUUGCAGUUGUUUCAUACUUUUUACAUUUUUGUAUGAUGGAUUGGACUACAAUGUUCACAGAGCGCCUGCACAGUGGCGCAGUUGGUAGAGCUGUUGCCUUGCGGCAAGAAGGUCCUGGGUUCGAUUCCCAGCCCGGGGUCUUUCUGCAUGGAGUUUGCAUGUUCUCCCUGUGCAUGGUGGGUUCUCUCCGGGUUCUCUGGCCCACAGUCCAAAAGCAUGACUGUCAGGUUAAUUGGUCUCUCUAAAUUCUCCCUAGGUGUGAGUGUGUGAAUCGUUGUGUGUCCUGUAUGUCUCUGUGUUGCCCUGUUGCCCCUGGCGACCUGUCCAGGGUGAACCCCGCCUCUCGACCAGAACGUAGCUGGAGAGGAACCAGCAACCCUCCUGACCCCAUUAGGGACAAAGGUGAACAGACAAUGGAUGGAUGUUCAUAGAGCAGCUGUGGUUAUACUGAAAAUAAUCACACACAGGUGAAAUCUGUUUACCAUAUGGGGGUGUCAUGGUAACGGGGUUCGAACACACGCUGCACUUUUUAUGUGUUACCGAAAAAAACACCCUUCCACUUUACACUUAUGCACUACUUUAUCUAUCAUAAAAUCUCAAAACAUUAAAAUUUGUGUAUGUAAUGUGACGGCACAUGAAAAAGUUCAAUAGCGCUCAAGUUGGAUGAAAUAAAUCUUUGGUUUUGGUUUGGGGUUUAUGCAUAAAGCUUUUACGCUGUAUCUAUCACAUAACACUGUCACUGAUUUUGCCUUCCUUGUCUACUCUGUCAGGGAACCAAACCAUCAGCAUCUGUUCCAGUAUCAUACAAAUUACAAGUUGCAAACAUAAUGUCAUAUUUUAUUUUUAUUUUUUUGACAAUGUGUAAUUAUGUACAGAAACUACGUAAGUAAAAACAAAGAAAAAUGUUAUUUGAAUCAUUAAUUUUUUUUGGUUGUAGAUUAUAGGCUCUGCAUCAGAAGAGUAACGCUCCUGGCCUGUUUUUUCUUUCCUCACUUUCUGAAUGUUGUUGUGAUUUUUGUUAAUUCACAAACAUAUUCAAACAUCAAGUGGAAAACUUCUCUUCAGAGAGGCAAAUUAGUUAAUUCUUGGAUUUUGACAAAACAUCAGAGUUUCUAUGAUAGUUUAAGGUCAUAAAUGAAUCACCUUUAGGUAAUUAAUUUAAAAAUUAUGUUAGGAGAGAGCUUCACUAAACUGUGAAUGAACCUGCUUGUGGAAGUCCACCUCUCAGUUUGAAGAUCUCUAAUAAAAAACAGCGACUGAGUCAAAGAUUAAACUGUAUAUUUUGGGUUUCUGAAUGGAGGUUGUUGGGCCUCUUUGACUCUGCAUUUUCUUUUAUUGCUGCUCAAAUUUUCGUUUCUUUGUCCGGACACAAUUCUGUAAGACAAAAGCAGAGAAGAACAAUGCUUCAUCGAAUAAACAAUACAUUUAAGUACU